AAAUGGCGGAAGGCAAUGGCGAACUGGUAGAGGACAUCAAUCAAAAAUCAGAAGAUCGCGGGGAUGGUGAAAGAACGGAAGAUUACCCAAAACUCUUGGAAUAUGGCUUAGAUAAAAAAGUUGCCGGCAAACUCGAUGAUAUUUACAAAACAGGUAAAUUAGCGCAUGUAGAAUUAGAUGAGCGCGCACUCGAUGCGCUCAAAGAGUUUCCGGUUGAUGGUGCCUUGAAUGUAUUGAGUCAGUUCCUCGAAUCAAAUCUGGAGCAUGUAUCGAAUAAGUCUGCGUAUUUAUGUGGUGUUAUGAAAACCUACAGACAAAAAAGCCGCGCCAGCCAACAGGGAGUGCCAGCGCCAGCGGCCACAGUUCCAGUUAAGGGACCGGAUGAGGAGAAAAUCAAAAAAAUUCUCGAAAGAACUGGCUACUCCUUAGAUGUGACCACUGGUCAGCGCAAAUAUGGUGGACCGCCACCCAAUUGGGAUGGUCCAACACCCGGCAAUGGCUGCGAAGUUUUCUGUGGGAAAAUUCCAAAAGAUAUGUUUGAGGAUGAAAUUAUACCGUUAUUCGAGGAAUGCGGUACAAUAUGGGACCUCAGACUAAUGAUGGAUCCGAUGACGGGUACAAAUCGUGGAUAUGCAUUUGUUACCUUCACGACGCGUGAAGCAGCCUCAAAUGCCGUACGACAGCUCGAUAAUCACGAAAUAAAACCUGGCAAGUGUCUAAAAAUUAACAUUAGCGUACCGAACCUGCGCCUAUUUGUAGGCAACAUACCCAAGUCGAAAGGCAAAGAGGAGAUAUUAGACGAAUUUGGUAAAUUAACAGCUGGCCUUAUUGAAGUGAUUAUCUACAGUUCACCAGAUGAUAAGAAGAAAAAUCGUGGAUUCUGCUUUCUCGAAUAUGAGUCACACAAAGCUGCAUCGCUGGCAAAACGAAGACUUGGUACUGGUAGAAUUAAGGUUUGGGGAUGUGAUAUCAUUGUCGACUGGGCCGAUCCGCAAGAGGAACCAGACGAGCAAACAAUGUCAAAGGUUAAAGUCUUGUACGUGAGAAAUUUGACACAGGAUGUUAGUGAGGAGAAAUUAAAGGAGCAAUUCGAGCAAUUUGGCAAAGUUGAACGCGUCAAGAAAAUCAAAGACUAUGCCUUCGUACAUUUCGAGGAUCGUGAUAGCGCCGUGAUUGCAAUGCGCGGUCUCAAUGGCAAAGAGAUCGGUGCUUCCAAUAUUGAGAAUGCUUCGCGUUUGCAGGUGUCGCUUGCCAAGCCACCAUCGGAUAAGAAGAAGAAGGAGGAAAUCCUACGCGCUCGCGAACGUCGCAUGAUGCAAAUGAUGCAAGGACGUCCCGGUCUGGUCGGCUAUGAACAAUUAUCUCCAUACAGAAACUUGUCGCCUACACACCCCAACAUGAUGUCCUUAGCUACGCCAAUGCGCCUGCCAGGUGGUCCACGAAUACCGCUGCGCGCACCAAUUCCGCGCGAUUACGAUUAUGAUUACGACCUUUAUGGUUAUUCGGAUUAUCGUGGCGGCUACAAUGAAUCCUAUUACGACGAUUUUUAUCGCACCUAUGAUGGAGAGUACUUCUUUGAUUAUCCACCGAGCGGUGUAGCACCAUUUCCAACUGGUGGACCCGCUGGUGGACUGCAGAGAACGGCCAGAAACAAUGUGGUGGGUCUAACAUUCUUCUAAUACUACUUACUACUACUAUAACUACCUACUAUAACUACUAGUACAUACUACCACAACUGUUAAUAAAUACGAUUCUCACUAGUACAUAGUUGUCUACAACUCCUGCCACACCUGCCAUUAAAACAACAGUUGUAUACUUUGCAAUUUCGUAAACAUAAUUUUUUUUUUUUUU